UGUCAGAAAUAUGGUUGUCUAUAUAAGACUAAUGUGUUUCACUGUCCUUCGUGAUUGACUUCACUUGAAUGUAGUCUCUUCUACUGCAUGAGGUGAGAAACAUUAAUUGUGUUGUCUGUCAAGUUAUAUUAUAAAGAUAUUUUUGGGUAAUUUUAUAUUAAUCUUUACUUUUUCAUAGUUUUGACAGGGUCAUAAUGGAGAACAUAUCCAUCGUAGUCAGUUUUGAGCUGACCCUGGAUCCAUUUUCCAUCCCUCCAGGAGCAAAAUAUCCCAUAUUUCUCUUUGGCAUCUUCAUUUAUAUGUUUGGUGCUUUUUGUAAUCUCACCCUGUUGCUCCUUAUUAUUCUGACACAAAGUCUCCACAAGCCAAUUUACUUCAUUUUGCUUAGCCUCCCUCUGAAUGAUUUUGUGGGAAUUAAUUUCAUGCUUCCCAAGGUUCUCUCUGACAUUGUGACGGAAACCAAUAAUACAUACUAUCCCCUUUGUGUGCUCCAGGGUUUUCUGCUCCAUAUAUAUGGAGGUGGUGUUUUGUUCACCCUGGCAGCCAUGGCUUUUGAUCGCUAUAUUGCCAUUUGUAUGCCAUUGCGAUAUAAUACUCUGAUGACACCCAGAGCUGUUAUGACGAUUGUGGCUCUUGCAUGGGGGGUUGACUUUUUAUUCAUUUGUACACUGUUUUCCUUGCAGGGAAUGCAGUCAAGAUGUAGAUCUCAUAUUGUGAGUGCGUUUUGUGAUAAUCCUUCACUUGUUAAGCUGGCCUGUGGUAAUACUAUAGUUAACAACAUUUUUGGCUUAUUUACAACAGCCAUGAUACAGAUUAUUAGUGUUUCCAUUCAGGUGUUUUCCUAUGUGAAGAUUUUGAUUACCUGCUUGGUUACAAGUAGGUCUGACACAAAGAGCAAGGCCAUCAACACCUGUGUUGCUCAACUGGUCAUUUUCAUCAUGUUUGAAAUUGUUGUGAUUUUCUACAUCCUGUCCCACAGGUUCUCAAAUAUUAAUGCAAAUCUGCAGAAAGUUAUGGGAAUGCUUAUUUUUUUGGUGCCUCCUGUUAUGAAUCCAAUUGUUUAUGGACUGAACAGCCAUGAAAUACGAAAACAUUUCCUUAAAAUCUUUCACAGAAAAAUCUCUGUUUAA